UGUAGAUUUUUAAUAAAAAUUUUAUAAUUUAACGUUUUGGUGUUUUGGAUAACAUAGUAUUAUACUUUUUUGUGCAUUUCUAGUUGUACAAUUAGUUUAUAGUUGUCUUUGCCGACGUUAAUGCGUGACUGAAAUCGGUCGAUUGCUGAUCCAAUGAAAAUGGAACUCGAAAGUAACGUCAAUGUGGUACGAGGAAAUGUAGGUAAUGGCAUGUCGGAUGCUGUGAUAUUCCAGACAUACUGUCUGAACAAGAGAGAUGUAGAAUUUGAACAAGACAUAUUGAGAAAUCCAAAUUCAGUCAAAUGUUGGAUGCGGUAUAUAGAUAAUUAUAAACUGGGGCCAUACAAAAAAGUAUGCGUACUUUAUGAACGCGCCUUAAAACAACUGCCUGGAAGCUACAAACUGUGGCACAAUUACUUGAAAAUACGUCGCAAGUAUUUAAAAACAACAGACAAUCCUGACUACGAAGAAGUGAACAAUGUUUAUGAGCGAGCAUUGGUAUAUAUGAACAAGAUGCCUCGAAUUUGGAUUGAGUUCUGUACAUUUAUGUUGAAACAACCUAAACUCACAGUUGCUCGUCGUCUCUUUGAUAGGGCCCUUAGAGCCUUACCAAUCACUCAACAUGUCCGAAUAUGGCCGUUAUAUUUAAAAUUUAUAAAGGAAAGUCAUGACCCAGAAGUUGCUGUUAAAAUAUAUAGGAGAUAUUUAAAAUUAUUUCCAGAAGAUUCCGAAGAUUAUAUUGAAUACUUGACCACAUCUGGGCGCCUCGAUGAAGCUGCUGUACGUUUGUCUGAAAUUGUAAACAAUGACAGUUUUGUAUCAAAACAUGGUAAAUCUAAGCAUCAACUUUGGAAUGAACUAUGUAAUCUAAUAUCAAAAAAUCCUUUAGAAAUUAAAUCAUUAAAUGUUGAUGCAAUUAUUCGUAGUGGUUUAAGACGUUAUACUGAUCAGCUUGGUCAUUUGUGGAACUCAUUAGCUGAUUAUUACAUACGUAGCGGGUUAUUUGAAAGAGCAAGAGAUAUAUAUGAAGAGGCUAUUCAAACUGUUACAACGGUUCGUGAUUUUACUCAAGUUUAUGAUGCUUAUGCACAAUUUGAAGAAUUAAGCUUACAAAAAAGAAUGGAAGUUGUUCAUGCUAAUCAAAAUAGUACUGAGAAAGAUGAUUGUGAAAUUGAUUUACGUAUGGCAAGGUUGGAAAACCUGAUUGAAAGACGAUUACUACUUUUAAACUCAGUACUUUUAAGGCAAAAUCCCCACAACGUUAAAGAAUGGUUAAAACGUGUACAGCUUUAUGAAGGAAAUGAUGUUCAGGUAAUAAAUACUUUUACUGAAGCUGUAGAGACAGUUGAUCCUCAAAAAGCUGUUGGUAGGUUGCAUACACUUUGGGUUGAGUUUGCUAAAUUUUAUGAAAAAGCAAAACAAAUUGAAGAAGCACGUUUAGUAUUUAAAAAAGCUGUUUUAGUGUCAUAUAUUAAAGUCGAACAUUUAGCCAGUGUUUGGUGUGAAUGGAUAGAAAUGGAAUUGAGAAAUGAGAACUUUAAUGAAGCAAUGAGAUUAAUGCGACAAGCAACUUCCAUACCUUCUCGCAAAGUAGCCUAUCAUGACGAUACAGAAACCGUUCAAAUACGAUUACAUAAAUCAUUAAAAUUAUGGUCCUUAUAUUUGGAUAUGGAAGAGAGUUUUGGAACGGUCAAAUCAACAAUGGCUUGUUAUGAUCGUGUUAUAGAUUUAAGAAUUGCAACUCCACAAACUAUUAUUAAUUACGGAUUAUUUUUAGAAGAAAAUAACUAUUUUGAAGAAAUGUUUAAAGCUUAUGAAAAAGGUGUAGCUUUAUUCAAGUGGCCAAAUGUUUUUGAUAUAUGGAAUACAUAUUUAACAAAAUUUUUGGACCGUUAUGGUGGUACAAAACUUGAACGUGCUCGUGAUCUUUUUGAGGAAUGUCUAGAAGGUUGCCCACCACAAUUUGCCAAGUGUAUUUAUUUAUUGUAUGCUAAGCUUGAAGAAAAACAUGGUUUAGGUAGACGAGCAAUGGCUGUUUAUGAAAGAGCCACUGAAGCUGUUCUACCUGAAGAGAAGUUUGAAAUGUUUAACAUUUACAUUAAAAAGGCAGCAGAAAUAUCUGGUAUACCAAAGACUAGAGAAAUCUAUAUGAAAGCUUUGGAAGUUUUAACGAACAACAAUGCUCGAACAAUGUAUCUAAGAUUUGCUGAACUUGAAACAAAAUUAGGUGAAAUUGAUCGAGCUCGAGCUAUAUAUUCACAUUGUAGUCAAAUUUGUGACCCUAGAGUAACUGAAGAAUUUUGGCAGACAUGGACUUCAUUUGAAGUAGCUCAUGGUAAUGAAGAUACCCUCCGAGAAAUGUUAAGAAUUAAACGAAGUGUUCAAGCAAUGUACAAUAUCCAAGUGAACAUGAUGUCAGCACAAAUGAUGUCUGUCAUUUCUACUGAACCAGAAAAGAGUGAUAUGAAGUUAUUAGAAGAAAAAGCAUUAGAAACCAAAGAAAAACCAUUGGAACCUAUCAAAUUUGUUUUGGGUAGUGAACAAGACCGUUUACCAAAUGAAAAAGUAAUAAAUCCAGAUGAAAUUGAAUUCAGUGAUGAUGAAAAUGAAGUCGAUGGCGACAAGGAAAAUGAAGAAAACGAUGAAGAUAUGCCUACUAAAAAAGAUGUGCCUGCUGAAUUAUUUGGUAACUUAGGAGCAUUUACUGAAAAAAAUACCGAAUAACUGUUUUAUAUAUCAUACUAUUUCCUUUUUUUGUGUAUGUAAAUAGUAAA